UAAACUAUAAUAUAUGAGAUAUUGGCAAAUCCAAUGCAGCUUUAAUUAUAGUGUUGUUGCCUUCCUAAAUGUUAGCCCCUACUACAGAUCCUCCUUAUUCGGGCCCUCUCAAAUUCUCACUCACAAACAAACGUACAGUAAGUAUAGUUGCAGCUCUUACAUCAAUAAAUACAAGUACAGCAUUGUCCCAAUUCAUUUCAAGCCCCAUACUUGAACAAUCUCAAAAACCCAAGUUUCAAAGUCUUUUAUUUUUUUGCUGGAGUGAAGUCAAGAUUUGCUUGUAGUUGCAAGGAUUUCAGUGCUGAACCUGAAAGAUUUGCCACAUUUUGACUUGGUCAAGGUUUGCUUGUAGUUGCAAGGAUUUCAGUAUUGACCCUUAAAGAUUUCCUACAUUUUGAGUUGGUUGAGUUCAAGAACUUGUUCAGUGGCAGAAUGGAGACUCAGAAGGGUGAUAGUGAUACCAAGUCGAAGACAGAUGAUUAUGAGGUGAUAGAACAGUUGGGAAGAAGAGCUAUUGGAACUGCAUUUCUGGUUCUCCAUCGAACUGAGAAGAAGAAGUGUGUUCUGACGAGGAUACCAUUUACGAAACAGACAGAAAAGUCCAAGCGCAGUGCCCAUCAGGAGAUGAAUUUGAUAGCUAAACUAAGCCAUCCAUAUAUUGUGGAGUACAAAGAUGCGUGGGUGGACAAGGGAAGCUGUAUAUGCAUCGUUGCCGAUUAUUGUGAAGAUGGAAAUAUGGCAGAGAUCAUAAGGAAGUCUAGAGGAGCAUUUUUUCCUGAAGAGAAACUCUGCAAAUGGCUGACUCAGCUACUGUUAGCUUUGGAGUAUCUGCAUUCCAACCGUGUUCAUCAUAGAAACCUCAAGUUAUGUAACAUAUUCAUCACAAAGGACAAUGACAUCAGGUUAGGUGAUUUUGGCUUAGGAAAAUUGGUCGAUGGAGAAGGCCUUGUUUCCUCGGUAUCUGGCACUCCAAUCAACAUGUGCCCUGAGCUUCUCUCUGGUAUGCCAUAUGGCUACAAAUCUGAUAUAUGGUCCCUUGGAUGUUGCAUGUUUGAGAUUGCCGCACAUCAACCACCAUUUAAAGCUGCUGACAAGACUGGACUUAUCAACAAAAUAAACCGAGGUUUAUUCUCACCACUUCCGAUUAUAUACUCCUCCACCUUGAAACAGAUAAUCAAAAGCAUGCUAAGGAAAACUCCAGAACACAGACCUACAGCUGCCGAGUUGUUGAGGCAUCAACAUUUGCAACCAUACCUCCUCUUGUGUCACAACCCGUCAUCUGUGUUUCUUCCUGUGAAGUCCCCAACAAGCACGAAAGAGAAAACACGACCAUCACCUGGAAAAUCAAUCAGUCCGAGAGAUAGCAGAGACAGACAGUUGAAGCUAAAAGAGAAGAGAACUGUCCUUUACUUUAAUGAAGGUGAUAACAUUCAGCCAAGAAAUUUAUCAGACAAUUAUGACACUUUCAAAGCCAAACUUGAGACUAAGAGAGUUGAUCCAACAAGCUACUCAGUUAGGAUCUCUGAAGAUAGUGAUCAACCGGAGACAAUCUCGCAAACGGAAACUACGAUUACACCAAGCUCUUCAAGUUCAAGAGCAAAAAUAUGGUCCGAAGAACAAGAACAUGCUUCUCCGGAGCAUGUUAUGCAAUUCGAAGAGGGUGAUAAGAAGAGUUGCAAAACAAAAGAGCUCGAGGUGUUGAGAAGUCCACUGGACAAUGAGGAAGCAGAUGUAGUGGAAUGUUUCUCCGGAAAGCCCAGUAUAACGACAUUGUCUAAUGGAAGAUCCAAUGAUAAAACUCGAUCCUUUGAUGAAGAAAGCACUUCAUCAGAUUCACAGCCGGCAAAACCAAGGUGCUAUGCUGCUGAAACUGAAAAUGGUAGCGAGUGUAGAGAAGUUGCUAUUGACUGCAUGUCAACUGAAAGCGAUGGUUCACUUCUACAUAAAGACGAGAUAGAAAAGAAACAGGCUAAGAAAGAUGCUCUUCGAGCACUGGAUGAUAAGGUAUCACAGCUCAAGUCACUAGCCGCAUUAGCUGGUAAAGAGGACAAAGACGACUGGGGGAAUCCAACUCAACAAAGAGCUGAAGCUUUAGAGUCUCUUUUGGAGGUUUGUGCGCGACUACUUAAGCAGGAAAAAAUCGAUGAGCUUGCUGGUGUGCUGAAACCAUUCGGGGAUGAUGGAAUGUCGUCUAGAGAGACAGCUAUCUGGCUGACAAAAAGUCUCAUGACCGCACAAAAAGUGGCCAAAGGAUCGUGAUGUUGCAAAGAAUGCUGCAUGCUUGCAUAGUGUUUUGCCCAUUGAAGGAGCUCGUAGCAAGUGUUGUUGGGAUAAAUUAUUGCUGGAGGCUCGACGUGGUGGAGGUUCCAUUAGUUUUAAUUUUAUUGUUGUAGGACACUUGAUGGAGUUGUGAAGGUCAUAAUGUACUGCUAAGUUGAUUUCUACUCCAUAUAUUUGCAACAUUCUUGUACUGUUUGUGUUUCUCCAAAACUACCAUUAGAAGAAGAUCAUUCAUUUCUUCAGUCUUA